ACUAUAAGCGCAACGCGUAACUACCUGUUGCUGAUCGUAUUAACAAUAUUGUCGUUCGACUGUGCGGCUUCCUUAGAGCCGCAGGAUACAGUGUUGAUCAAUUUCUCUCGAAAAUACAAUGACUCCGGAGUGGUGAAUCAUUAUGUACCGUUCGAAGAGACAACGAAUAUCCCUCGAAUAAUGGAAAUAGACGAAACAUCGAAGAACGCGUCGUCGUCUCUAACGAUCGAUUCAACUGCUAUGGAGAACAACGAAGAGAUUCCAUUUGGAGUCAACGGACGAGAAGGUCGAUAUUAUUAUCGGCGACCAUCUUCUCAUUUGCAAGUCAGAUCCUCUCAACGGGUUCACUCGAGUACGACCGAAAGCAUAAAUAAUGCCGAUAUAUCGUUAUCGCAAGAGAAUGACAUCCAAAUAGAAGAAAUAUCUUGUCGCGAUACGGACGACGAUGUAUUUUUUAAAGCAUCCGUAAAAACGACUACGUCGAUGGAAUCGCCCGUGAUAGAUAAUGUAGAGGAUGAGGUAUGUAAAUUUACAAGAGUGAAAAACGAGUACACGAUCAAUUUAGAAAAGGAACGAUUUCGACAUUGCGGCGUUGUUGCAUGUUCGACGGAAGCCGAAAGAUUCUACUGUCUCGAUCUGAGAUUUCCACUGAUACCGGGUCUUAGAUUGAAAGACGACACGAAGAUCACUUUGCGCUGCAAAGUACAAGAAAAGACUGUCUCUCGUACGAAAAAAAUCAAUGUGAAGACUAUCGAUACAUCGGCGAGAAUGGUACCCCGCGUUUUUACUGGUGGCUCUCAAAAUAAUUUGGAGAUCGACGUCGGACUGUUUCGAAAGACAUUUCAUUCCGAGAAAGUUUUUGACACUAGAAUACAGUCCGGAGACACCGUUAUUUUGGGAGAAGAAGUAUUAUUGCGCGUUCUCGUGCGAGAUGGAAAUGGCUGGCAAUACUCGAGGAUUGGUGAAUUGACGGUUCAUUAUAUAGAAAAGAGACAACGAAAGAAAAUAAUGAACAGUUUAUGGAUUUUGGAUAGCAAUGGAUGUUUGAAUCCGGAUGUUCGAAAGAUUUGUUCAAGAGAACAGUAUCGAAUAUCGCCUUUGGAAACUUAUCUUAUCUUUCAAGCUUUCAUGUUUGAAAAUAUGAAAGAGAACGACGAGAUAUUUUUAACUGUUAAGGUAACGGGUUGUUUAGAAGGACCGGAUUGUAUUUUGAAUUGUCCAGCAGGUCAUAACAGAAGAUCCAGAAGCGUUAAAACUCAUAAUAAUACCAUCGAUUGGGAAAAUGACAUUUCCUUUAGAGUUAAUCUUCCCAAAGAAAAGAUCGUUCGAGAAGAUCUUUUUCAUUUUCACUUGAUCAUCCCUUAUGUCUUCGUUGCUUUUGCGUUAUCGAUUAUAAUGGCUUUGCUUUGUACAAUUAGAAUACUUUUGAAACAAAAAAUUGCGAGAUAUUAAACAAAUGUUCAAUCAUA